UACUAGUAGAGCAUAAGAGUCAGACAGAGACAGAGAGAGGGAGAGAGGAGCAUGGAGGCGGCGGCGAAGACGAGCGUUGUGUGCGUGACCGGCGCAGGGGGUUUCGUCGCCUCGUGGCUCGUCAAGCUCCUCCUCUCCAAGCCCCACUACACCGUCCGCGGCACCGUGCGCGAUCCCGGUAAUGCCAAGAAUUCUCAUCUCAAGGCGCUAGAAGGUGCUGGGGAAAGGCUGCAGCUGCUUAGCGCUGACCUGAUGGACUACGACAGCAUUGCGUCGGCGGUUGCCGGCUGUGAGGGCGUCUUCCAUGUUGCUAGCCCUGUCCCUUCUGGCAGAUCAACGAAUCCCGAGGAAGAAGUUAUAGCCCCUGCUGUAACAGGCACACUGAAUGUGUUGAAGGCUUGCUACGAGGCAAAAGUUAAGCGAGUUGUCAUAGUGUCUUCAUGUGCCGCUGUGUUCAAUAAUCCUAACUGGCCUAAGGGCAAAGUAUUUACUGAAGACAGCUGGUCAGACGAGGAUCUCUGCAGAAAGGGUGAGGACUGGUAUUUGCUUUCCAAAACGCGUGCAGAGCGUGAGGCUUUUGCUUAUGCAGCAAAAACUGGGCUGGAUGUUGUAGCCAUUUUACCAUCGUUGGUACUUGGCCCCUUGAUGCAGUCUACAGUGAAUGCGAGCAGCAAAAUUCUCCUUAAAUAUCUCAAAGGAGAACAUGAGACUGUGGAAAAUAGAAGCUGGAAUCUGGUAGAUGUUCGUGAUGUUGCCGAUGCUCUUCUUCUGGCAUAUAAAAAUCCAGCGGCAUCUGGACGGUACAUCUGCAGUCCAGUACGAAUAAAAGUCUCUGAUGUCAUAAGCUUUCUGAAGACCUUAUAUCCAACAUACACUUAUCCCAAAAACUUUACGGAGGUGGAAGAAGGUAACGUUAUGAGUUCAGAGAAACUUCAGAAGCUAGGGUGCACCUUCAGGCCUGUAGAGAAGACCCUCGGAGACAGCGUCGAAUCCUACAAAGCAUCUGGCAUCCUGAAAUGAGCAUCCAACUAGGGAAAGUAAUAAUGCUUGCAAACUCCUUCUGGUUCAUGUAAGCAGUGAAACAAAAUAAGUUGGUGACACAAUCAUCAAGGGAAUCAUGUGAAAUAAAAGAAACAUUGGAAUAUCAUGUGUGUUUUUAUUUCUGA